AUGUCGGCGCUCUUCUUGCGCAUCCUCCUCCCCCUCAAGCACCUCGCCCGCUCUCCCGCCGUCGACAUCCCUCUUCCCUCCUUCCUCCGCUCCAUCACCGACUCGAUCCUGUCCGAGGGUACCCGCAUCCGCCUCGCGGCCGCAUCUCUCGAGAAGCUCGCCGUCGCCAAGGUGUUCGAGCGGGCGUCGCUCGAGAAGCGGCCGAUCCUGCAUGUGCUGGCGGCGGGCAACGAUCCUCUCGUCGCAGGCGUCCUGCGAGAGCUCGUACACUAUGUGACGACGAUCGUGGCGCACCCGUACGGCACCCUCAACCCGCAUGUCCAGGCCGUGACGCACGCCGCCGAGCUCGAGCGCUCGCGCCCGCUCUGCACCGGCGCUGCACUCGCCGCUCGCCUCCACCACGUCCUACACGCCUCGCGCGACAAGCCCGAGCAGCUGCGCGGGCUCUCGACGAGCUACGAGAACCCGUGGCGCGCGCACCCGCUCGGACCUGCGGCAGGUCCAGUAGGCGGACUGCCCGAGCGGGUCCUGCAAACGCUCGGCGGCCCAGGUGGAGCUUCGAGCGUCGACGCUCUCGGUGCGCAGGUCGGCGAGGCGUACGGCGAGUUCCACCGCCUCCUCACUCGAGCCGAGGGCGGGCUCUUUGGCAGGCCGCCGCCGACGGGGCUCGGCGGCACCCGGGUCCGGCUCUGCGUCGCGGCCGACAAUGCGGCGGCGAGUGUGCUCAGCGGCAUCAGGGCGCGAGGCGAGGGGCAGGCGGUCGUCCUCCUCGGGGUCGAGGCGGUCCUGCCGGGCAAGGGAGGGGACGUGCGCGCUCCCGUCGGAAGCUGGAUGCUCGCAGAGACAGCCAAGAAGCUCGGCGCAAAGGUCUACGUCGUCGCCCUCGUCGACCACAUCCUCUCCUCCUCUUCCACCUCCACGACCGGAUCUCUCCCGCAACACGACCCGACAGAGCUUCUCGCCGGCUGGUCGGGUACUCUCGCAGAAGAGCUCGAGUCACUCGACGCCCUCGCCCUCGCCGCGUCGGACCCGCUCGAGCCGGACGUGAGCGUCUUUGCCGACACGAGCGAGGUCGUGCCCGGUCGCCUCAUCGACGGCUUCAUCACCGAGAAGGGCUUUCUGAGCGCGACAGGCUGCGACCUGCUCGGGCGCGAGCGCGCAGUCGCCGAGCGCGAGCUUCACGAGCUGUAG